AUGUCGCGGGCUAAUUCCAUCGACGAAUACGUCGGCGUACCCGUGGAGCGCCACAGCACCAUGACGCUGUCUCCCAGGGAUGACAUGGAUUUAUUUGACCAUGUUCCACAUGAUUGGGAUGACGGGCAAUGCCCGUGCUUGAACCGUGCGCGAAGGCACGCUUAUUGUGAAUCGUGCCACCUCAACAGUCUCAUAGGCCCAGGUCACGAUUGCCAUUCGGCGCCAGUAACUAGAUACGGUUCGGCGCCGGCGCAACAGGCGCUAGUACACCGCCGCUCGAUGCCCCCCGAUUCGAAUUGGAACAUGAUUCCCCCAAUGCGACAUCAGACGUCGUUGACGGACCCGCGCGGAUUUGGCAACGUGCACCACACAAGGGCGCAGACAACGGGUUUUGGCGGACCAAUGCCGCAUUUGACAAGGACGCAGCGCUCCUACAUCAAUGCCAACCCGCCAAGCACCAGAGAGGCGCUCACGCUGCGGUUCAUGAAGGCUAAUAUGGCACGAUUCCCAAGCAAUGACACCGGAAGUCAUUACUCGAGGUCGGAUUCGAUUCCAUUUGGGGGACCGCAGCUGACACGCAAUCGAUCGGCGCCGGUCACUGGGGUGCUAUCAAGAACGACGUCGAUACAGCCGCCGCUGUCAACGCCAUCCUCGAGCAUAACGAGGCACAGAACUUCCAUGCAUCCGACCUCGCGAAGGCAAAUCAGCGAGCCAGUGAACCUGCAAGGGAUGGGCCCUGAGCCAACACUGGCAUCCAUGCAACGCGACAUAGAGGCACUCAACCGAGUGCUGCACGACUUCCAGCAGAAUUUCACUAUAACACCCGCGGUGACCCACGAAACGCGGGACGGCAGACCUUUGGUACGCCGGCAGAGCGAACGCGUCACCGAGGUGCACGCCUUAUACGAUGGCGUUGAAAACGCUCUCAACCAGAUGCAGUACGACCCGCAUGCGGUGCCGGUGGCACGCACGCCGCGGGGUAUAAUGGACGACGAGCAGAUCAACCUCAUGAAUCCCGAUCAGAUGCUCCAGGAUGUUCAGGAGUAUGAGGAUUCCGUGCCCACACCAGUUGGGCUCGCGGACGAGAUCAUCUCGCAGUUUCCGGUGGCAAAGUUCGACGCCGUAGCUGCAGAGAGGUGGGACGAGGACACACGCCGAUGCGCCAUAUGCCUAGAGGCAUACGAGCAGGACCAGCGCAUACGUAGACUCCCGUGCACACACGGAUACCACAAAGUUUGCGUAGACGAGUGGCUGGGAAGGAGCACAAUCUGCCCGAUUUGCAAGUUCGAUUACAGAAUCAUGAUGACGUGA